GUAUCGCUUUCUUGUAUCAGGAACACCAGUCACCAGAGCCUAUAGGCCUACGUGUUCUUUUUCUUUUUCUUUUCCGUUUUCUUUUCUUCUUUCCCCCUUUUAUCAUUGCACUGACUUCUUUCUCAGAAAAGAAGGAAAUAAGAAAUCAAAACUGAAUGAAAUUUUGAACAAUGGAAGCCUACUCUGCACUUGCUCUGUUUGUUUUUCUGAUUAAUGGUGUGGCUGCUGAUGAUGUGAUAUCAAUCUCAGUUAUGCAGGGAAAUGCAGUUGUUCUGUCCUCUGACGUUACCAAACAACAACGUGACAAGAUGCUGUGGUAUUUUAAUGACACCCUGAUAGCUCUGAUCAAUGGAGAGCCCAGUAAGAGUUGUCUGUAUUAUGGUGAAGAUGAGAUCUUCAGAGACAGACUGGAGAUGGACUAUGCAACUGGAUCUCUGACCAUCACAGACAUCAGUCCUGAACACGCUGGACGUUAUGAAGCAAAUUUCAUCCAAAGCAAGAGCACGGGAACCAGCCACAGCUUGAACCGAAACAGCAAGUGUGACGGGACAAAAAUCAUCAAGAAAACGAGCAACAUUGGCGACAGCGUAAAAACAUUCAGAGUUUCUGUCACUGCUUAUCUGUCUGAUCCGCUCAACAUCAAUGAAGAAUUGUUCAAUAUGGAGAAGGAGCAAGAGUCUGAAGAGAGUUCAGUACAGUCUUUAACUCUUGUAGCAGUAAUGUGUGCUGGUGUUGUUGCUGUUGUUCUGUUGCUGGCUGUUGUUGUUGGUGUGAUAUACCAUCGCCGCAGGAGCUCUAAUAAAGAAGACAGAAAGAUAAACUCAUCUGAGCAUCUGCUGAAAGUCCCAAUAUGAG